AGGGGAAGUUUGUGGGUUAUUGCCUGGGGCUGUGAACGGAAGCGGAGGAGUGUGGGGGGAUUUAUCCCCUCCAGGUCGUUGCUAUGGGCAACCGAGGAAUGGAAGAGUUGAUUCCGCUGGUGAACAAGCUACAAGAUGCUUUCAGCUCUAUUGGACAAAGCUGCCACCUCGACCUGCCACAAAUCGCUGUGGUGGGUGGUCAGAGCGCGGGUAAGAGCUCGGUCCUCGAGAACUUCGUUGGCCGAGAUUUCUUGCCCCGUGGAUCUGGAAUUGUUACCCGACGACCUCUCAUUCUUCAGCUUAUCUUUUCUAAAACAGAAUAUGCAGAAUUUUUGCACUGCAAAUCUAAGAAGUUUACAGAUUUUGAUGAAGUCCGACAGGAGAUUGAAGCUGAGACUGAUAGGGCAACAGGAACAAACAAAGGCAUUUCUCCUAUUCCUAUUAACCUGAGGGUAUAUUCACCACAUGUGUUGAAUCUGACUCUGAUCGAUCUUCCGGGUAUCACUAAAGUGCCAGUGGGUGACCAACCCCAGGACAUAGAAUACCAGAUCAAAGAUAUGAUUUUGCAGUUCAUUAGCAGAGAGAGCAGCUUGAUUCUUGCUGUGACUCCAGCCAAUAUGGAUUUGGCCAACUCUGAUGCGCUCAAACAGGCUAAAGAAGUUGACCCACAAGGCCUAAGAACAAUUGGAGUAAUAACCAAGCUAGACCUGAUGGAUGAAGGCACUGAUGCCAGAGAUAUCUUGGAGAAUAAAUUAUUACCUCUGCGGAGAGGCUACAUUGGAGUUGUGAACCGGAGCCAGAAGGAUAUUGAUGGUAAAAAGGAUAUCAGAGCAGCAUUGGCUGCUGAGCGCAAGUUCUUCCUUUCCCAUCCUGCUUACAGACACAUGGCUGAUCGCAUGGGAACUCCCCAUUUGCAGAAGGUCUUGAACCAGCAAUUGACAAAUCAUAUCCGGGACACCCUGCCAUCCUUGCGUAGCAAACUGCAGAGUCAGCUGCUGUCACUUGAAAAGGAGGUGGAGGAAUAUAAGAAUUUUCGUCCUGAUGAUCCUACAAGGAAAACCAAAGCCUUACUACAAAUGGUCCAACAGUUUGCAGUUGAUUUUGAGAAGAGAAUUGAGGGGUCAGGAGACCAAGUGGAUACAUUAGAACUCUCAGGUGGAGCCCGAAUAAAUCGCAUUUUUCAUGAGAGAUUCCCCUUUGAAUUAGUUAAGAUGGAGUUUGAUGAGAAAGAUUUGCGACGUGAAAUCAGCUAUGCAAUCAAAAAUAUCCAUGGUAUAAGGACGGGACUGUUCACACCAGACUUGGCAUUUGAAGCCAUUGUGAAAAAGCAGGUGGUGAAGCUGAAAGAGCCUUGUUUGAAGUGUGUCGACUUGGUUAUUCAGGAAUUAAUCAAUACAGUUAGGCAGUGUACCAGUAAGCUUGGUUCCUAUCCCAGGCUGCGAGAAGAGACAGAGAGAAUUGUUACUACAUACAUCAGAGAACGUGAAGGAAAAACUAAAGACCAGAUUCUCCUGUUGAUUGACAUAGAGCUGUCCUAUAUUAACACAAACCAUGAAGACUUCAUUGGAUUUGCCAAUGCACAACAAAGGAGCACCCAAGCAAAUAAGAAAAGAGCAAUCCCAAACCAGGUCAUCCGGCGAGGCUGGCUGACCAUCAACAAUAUUAGCAUCAUGAAAGGGGGCUCCAAAGAAUAUUGGUUCAUCUUAACAGCAGAGAGUUUGUCUUGGUACAAGGAUGAAGAGGAGAAAGAGAAGAAAUAUAUGUUGCCUCUAGACAACCUAAAAAUAAGAGAUGUGGAGAAAGGCUUCAUGUCCAAUAAGCAUGUCUUUGCCAUUUUUAACACAGAACAAAGAAAUGUAUACAAAGAUCUGCGUCAGAUUGAACUUGCCUGCGAUUCUCAGGAAGAUGUGGAUAGCUGGAAGGCCUCCUUCCUUCGUGCUGGUGUUUAUCCUGAGAAAGACCAAGUAGAAAAUGAAGAUGGAGCUCAGGAAAAUACCUUUUCCAUGGAUCCUCAACUGGAACGCCAAGUAGAAACUAUCCGCAAUCUUGUUGAUUCAUAUGUUGGGAUCAUCAACAAAUCUAUCCGAGAUCUUAUGCCAAAGACAAUAAUGCACCUAAUGAUAAAUAAUACCAAGGAUUUCAUCCACUCGGAACUGCUGGCAUACUUAUACUCCUCUGCAGACCAAAACAGCUUGAUGGAGGAGUCAGCAGACCAGGCACAGCGCAGGGAUGACAUGUUGCGAAUGUACCAUGCCCUGAAGGAAGCUUUGAAUAUAAUUGGAGACAUCACUACCAGUACAGUUUCCACCCCAGUUCCUCCUCCUGUGGAUGAUAUGUGGCUGCAGGCAGGAAGCGGUGGGCAUAGCCCAACAUCUCAGCGCAGGCCUCCUUCUACUGCAUUGCCCCCAGGAAGACCUCCAGCUGUGAGGGGCCCCAUGCCUGGCCCUCCCUUGAUUCCAGUGCCAGCAGCAGGUUCAUCCUCUUUUGUGGCACCACCCAUUCCUUCACGCCCUGUACCACAAAGUGCAUUUAUUACUAAUAAUGACCCUUUCUCAGCACCACCUCAAAUUCCUUCACGGCCGGCACGUAUUCCACCUGGUAUACCUCCAGGUGUACCCAGCAGAAGACCCCCUGCAGCACCGAACCGGCCCACCAUUAUCAGACCAACUGAGCCCUCCUUGUUAGAUUAACCAUGAUCACUAUCCAGAGGGGAAGGCAAUAUUGCUUGUUAACUAUGUUAUGGAGAGAACUCAUGCUUAAUCUUUAGUGUAAAGAAGCUCUUUGUAACUGGUCAGUUAUAACCAAGGCCCAUUUUUCCCAUUUCUCCUCCUCCCUUUUCCUUCCCACAGUAACACAACCAUAGCCACAGACAUCAAAGAAUAGAUGCUGUUGGUUGAUUACCUAUAAAUAGCUCUGAGAAGCCAAGCAUUCCUGUUCUAUUUCUCUCUCUGUCCUUGGAUCUUGGCUAGGAAAGGAUUUGAUGACCAGGGUCUUCCAUUCUGGGAAGAGGGGGAUUGAUUUCUUCCUGGUUUUUCAUGGUGGCCAUACCAGGCCCAUUCCACAUGGGAACAUGGAAGAUUAUGUUUUGUGGAAUUGUUUUGCACUUUGUUGGAAAUAGAGAAACAACCCCCUACUUGAGUGAUUGUGACGAGAGUACCUACAAAUGUGUAAAACUAGAGAGAUUGUAUUUCCACUAACACUUGUUAGAAUUUCCUGCUAUUAAUGUUGAUUGGAUCUAUUUUCCCUGCCACCCUUUAAUUCCUUUGUUAUAAUAUAUAUGAAAUCUUCCUCUUAGACUUUUACCUUCUCACCAUGGCAUUUUAGUAUAACAUUGAUCAAUUUAUUUCUAUAUAGCUCUGAAAAAUAAUGAAACUGCAAAUAAAAAAUGGCUAAUAAAUCCAAUUUAUAAAACUGGAGCAAUAUUUUAUCAAACAGAAUAAUUGGAAAGUAGAAUGCACCAAGUUGUUUUUGAGUCUCAGGUAUAGUGCUGACUUUUAUGCCAUGCUAUCCUUUGCACAACCACUGAUUAUACAGUACUUCAAUGGAAGUGGCAAACUUAGAUUGCCAGGUACAACCUGGGAUGAACUUGAUGUAAUACUAGAAAAGACCAAUGGCUAAAUGCAGGGGAUGAUUUAAUCAUUUUCAUAUAAAAUUGGCCAGGAUAAAUUAGUCAACCUCCAAUAGAGAAGUGGUAGGAAGAGGCAGUACUUAAAAAAACUGUGAUCUUUUGCAGAGAUUACUACUAUAGAGACUUUCUUAUUUUCUUAUGCAGAUUUCUUUGUCCUUCAGUUCAACUGAACUAUAUUUGCUUCUAGAUUGAGGCAGAUUCUUUAUGGCAAACACUAUUCCAAGAUAGAUUAAAGUUCUCUCUGCCCCACAGGAACUAAUAUAGGAGUCUAUGUUCUCUGAAAAGCUUUUUUUAUGUUGGCUACUCCAUCUUUAGAACCAUUAUUAUUCCAAGAGUUUGUGGAGCAAAACUGGAGACUCAUAAAGUAAUCUGCCCUCUCUGGGCUGUGAUUGUAUAUACUUCUUCAUAAAUCAGACUGUAUUGGUACUUCUUUGAUUCUAGUAUUUUUUAAAAGAAGACCCAAGUUGCCCCCAGCCUGCUCUCACUUACAUAAAUGUAUCAGGGAUAUCUGUGCCCUUCCUGAUAAGAUAAGAUAUAUGGAACAGAUACCAUCUGCCUUAAUGCUUCCUUCCAGUGACCUCUCUCUUUUUAUGUGAUCUGAAACAGAAAUUGCUUGCCUCAUGUCUUAAUUCCAGAGUGCUAACUUUGUGCCUUUAUUAUUGCUUAAAUUCUAUGUCAUUUGCUCGAAUAACCAGCACUGCCUUUCUGUAAAUGUCCCUCUAUUGCCAAAGUCAUUACCAAGGGCUUUGAACCUCUUUUGCAAUAUAUUUCUCCAAAAACAAGUGCUUGCCAUGUAGCAUGGACUUCUCUGUUUUGUUGUCUCUUGAUUCUUUGUUACCAUGUGUGAAGGGGUUAUUAUAUCUUCUCUCCAUCUUUAAAAUAAAAAAGCUCCCAGCAGUUUGAGAUAAGUGCCUCCAUUAUGUAUCCAAUUAAUAAACUAAAAUAAAGGGAAAUUCUGCUGGUGGAAGGUCUCUACCAAUUUGUGGUGUUGACUUUUUAUGCAUUUUUUAUUCUAUUAGUUCUGAACAUAUCUUUACUUAAGAACUAUUGGGCUUCGAAUGAAUAGAAAAAUGUAAGUUCAUGUUUCUAUUAACUAACAUGUCCAAAUAGCAAUAGUCUGAGUAAUAACUGAUUUCUUGAGCCACUUGAUAUUAUUUCUGACUUGGAGGUUAGUAGUAUCCAAUCUAGUAAAAGCAACUGAAUUUACAAAUUUCAAAAUUAAUGGCAUUAAUGCAGCUAACAUCUUUAUCCUACCUUUUUUAUGGAUGUUUACAAGUAUUCAUCAUCUCACAAUUAAAAGUGUACUUUAAAAGUGCUUUUUGUAGGAUCAAGUGGGACAAAUAGAACUGGUCCACCUUGCAUUGCAGAACUUGACCUGUCUCUGUAGCAGGAAGACCAUUUAAUAUUGAGAGGCAUUAGUUGCUUCUCUCAAAGGAGAUUGCCAUUUAGUUUUGCAGACAUAGGAGACCUUUCAACAUGUAGCAAUAAAUUAAUUCAAUUGCUCAUACAGAAGGAUACAUAAAAUAUCUUUAGGUUACCUAGCUUUAUGGUUAUAGUUUCAUAUAUUUUAUGCCUAUAAUAAUCAUGAAAAAUAGCAGAUUUCAGACACAUAUUUUCUAAUUUUUAGUAACAUUCUAAUUAUGAUGUUAAAUUUAACCUUUACAAAUACAUAAAGUGAACAGAGUAACAGGGAAAGAAAGGUUUUCCAAUCCAAUCUUAUAUCCCAAAUUAAUACAUUUUGCCCAAUAUGUCAUUGUUAUUUCUUCAUGCAUUUUUUACUAAAGUAUUUCAGCCCUUACACACUUUUCAUUGUAUUAUGUCUGUGUAUAUCAUUGUCCCAACCUGUUAAAUGUCACAUCCAAUGACAUGUUGUUAUGAAUGUUUUAGAUUUCAUUUUGAUGGCAAUUUACAUCUUUGCUUUUUAAAAUGUAGGUUUUUCUUAUGCUUAAAAUGUGUAAUACAUACAAGUCCUGGAAUAAAACACUGACUUCCA